CAAACCCUUUAAAUAAAGUUGGCUUAAAAAAACUAAGCGGACAUGCGCAGUGGGUAAUACACGUCGUGCGUGCGCGUUCCCGUGAUGCAGUGGUAAACAUGGCAGCAGCCGCCGGAUCAGGCAUAACAGUUCCUCGCAACUUUCGGCUGCUGGAGGAACUGGAAGAAGGUCAGAAAGGAGGUGGAGAUGGAAUCGUAAGCUGGGGUCUGGAAAAUGACGAGGACAUGAUGCUGUCUCACUGGAAUGGAAUGAUCAUCGGCCCCCCGAAGACGGUUUAUGAAGGCAGAAUGUACAGCCUGAAGAUCGACUGUGGCUCCAGGUACCCGGAACAUCCACCUCAUGUGCGCUUUGUCAACAAGAUCAACUUGACUGGUGUGAACAGUUCCACUGGAGUGGUGGACCUGAAGUCUGUGCCGUCUCUAUCUCGGUGGAAGAACUCCAACAACAUCAAGAUGGUGCUGCUGGAGCUGCGGCAGCACAUGAUGAUGAAAGAGAAUAGCCGUCUGUCACAGCCACCAGAAGGCCAGAUGUUCCGCAAUUGAGGCUCCUGCUGCUCCCCAGCACCUCCUCCCCCCUCCUCUGUUUCUGUCACAUGCGCACACCCACCACCGACCUUCAUCCCCUUCUUUUUGAGGAGGAGCAAUGCAGAGAAGCCUCCUCCACCCCACCUCAUUCCUGCGUGGAGGCUUCAUGUAGACCAAACGUGACCACCAGGACCCCCCAUCUUCUGCCCAGCGUGGUUCCUUCCAUGGGUUCUGUGUUCCACUGUAGAUCAUGAAAUGAGUGGAUGCAGGGUUAGUUAGGGUUAGUUUUUCCUUUAAUGCCAGCAUUCUUAAAAAAUAAUAAAACAUUUCCACCCAUUGACCUCCCCCAUACUGAGUUUGAGAGGGCCCCUCAUUUUCACCCCCACUUCAGAGGAAGAAACAAUGAUGAAACACGGUGUUUGUAUCAGCAGAACCAUGGUGCCUCGUUCUUUUUCCGACUUGUCUCUGUGCCAUCAGUGCUCUGCUGGGGCGUGUGUGCAGCUAUUGUCCUGCACCCCUUUGGGAUCACUACUGUAUCUGAUGUGUCUGCAGCAGGGGGCGCUGUGACUCCUGUUUACUCUUUUUAUUUCCUUGCUUUGGUCUGGGUGUUUCUGUAAGCCUCUGGAUGUUUAUUUUCUAACUGGGUGAAUCUUAUCAGGGUGACGGUGUCCUGUCGCAUGGUUUUAUUUGAAUUAAACAUUAUUACUUUUGCAAAAUA